AUGGCGGCCAUUUUCACCUACUCUUUGAGAGCUUUCCUUCUCAUACUCCUAACAAAUCUCCCUCUUUUUGUUCUCUCAAGAACCUUGGAUCAUACACAUACACAUAUACACCCGCAUUCGAAUCCUUUGUCUUUCAACUCUCUUCUCAGUCUAGAGGGACUAAGCAAAGGCCAAACUGCCAAAGGCAUUUCCAACCUUAAACGUUACCUCAAUAGGUUCGGAUACCUAAACUCCGACGAUGGCAAAGACUACUUCGACGAGGUUUUGGAGUCUGCGGUGAAACACUAUCAGCAAAACUAUAAUUUGAAUGUUACAGGGAAGCUUGAUUAUGGUACCAUCAAGCAAAUGGAACUUCCGCGGUGCGGAGUUCCAGAUAGUGGUUUACGUGGUCAUAGAAUUCAUACUCAUGAAUUCCACGAUGAUGAUGAUUCAAUCAUCAAGAACAUUAACGGUUCUUUGUAUAAAUUUUUGGAUGGAAAUCCCAAAUGGCCAUCUGAAAAAACCCAUCUCACAUACACAUUCGCAUCCGCUGUUCAACCCGUCCCUUUGAACGUUCUGAGGUCGAUUUCUGCUCAGGCAUUUUCGGAAUGGCAGCAGUAUUCUCGGUUCACCUUCGAGGAAGGCCCUCUUUCGGGUUCGGAUCUUACUCUGGGCUUCUUCGUUGGUGAUCAUGGUGAUGGUGUUCCCUUUGAUGGGCCUCUUAACAUCUUGGGCCAUGCUUUUUCUCCUCCCGAUGGUAGGUUGCACUUGGAUGGAGCAGAGAGUUGGACCGUUGACCCACCGUUGGGUAAUCAAAUUGACUUGUUUUGGGUGGUGUUGCAUGAGAUUGGACACCUUCUUGGACUGGCUCAUAGUUUGGAUCCGAAUGCUAUUAUGUAUGCCCACGUUACUCCUGGAGCUUCCAGGAGAGCUUUGACUCAGGAUGAUAUUAGUGGCAUCCAAGCUUUAUAUUCCACCCCGCAGUACCAACGACGUCGGAUUUUUUUGAAGAAUACAUUUAAUAUAUCAAAAUAG